AUUCCGUUCAGUUGUUCUUUGUCCCCGGUGCGAGUUAGAUCGCUUCAUUAUUUGCUCGCCAAUAAUAAUCGACUUACAACAAACAAGUGCCUACUGAGGGAGUAACUGUUUGCGCUGAGCAGCAACGUCUACGUCGUCUUCCCCACAGUCAUCGCGCGUCGUCUUUAUCGCCAAAGAAAUCAAUCGCCCGUUCGUUCGUUGUCUUCGUCUGAUAGCGCGCAAAUACUGGGGAAUUUCUGUUCGAACUCGCAGUCCAGUCAAUGAAUCGAUCGGGAGUGGGUUCUGUGAAGAGAGGGUGGUGGCUGAGAUUGGUACUAAUCUUCGUUCAGGACAGGCGACGACGUUCGUCUUCAUUAGUUCACUGGACGGCGGUCAGAGUGGACGGUGUCGAGCGGAGAUUUUUCCGGGUUCGCGUUCUUUUCUGGAUGUUCUGGGUGAAUACAGUUCUGUUGACUGACUGCAGUGCGUGCUCAAGAAUGAAGUAAAGUGAUGAUAAGCUUUGUGUGACCGAUCUACAGUGAUUCAUAAACUACUUGAGGUAUCCUCGAGGAGAACCUCUCGAUACUAACGAGCAAGAAAGAGUGCUGUGUAACAGAAAAAAAAAGAAGUCCAAGGUACAAAGUUCAAGUGAGUGCGAGUGUCACACAGAAAAAAAAAGACAGCGAUGGAUAUUCUACAGCAGGAGGUACGGGGCGGGAUAGCGUUGUCAACGCUGAGCUCUGACCAGCAUGCAGCGGUUUACAACUCGACGACGGUUCCGCUCAAUCGGAAAGAUUCUCGCCACUUGGAUCAUCAUGUGUUGAACAAUACCGGACAUAGUAAUAAUCAUAAUAACAACAACAAUAAUGGCGGAGGUCACUUCCAGUCGCACAACGAUAUCGAAUCGCACCAAAUUAGGCCGUUCCAGAAUCUGCCGCCGUGCGAACCGGUAGAUAUACAGUUCAAGGAUGUGUCUUACUGCGUCAGCAUGGGAUUCAGGAAAGGUCAAAAGGAAAUCCUGCACAAAGUGAAUGGAAAAUUUCCCGGAUCACAGCUCAUUGCCAUCAUGGGCCCGUCGGGGGCGGGAAAGUCCACCCUGUUGGAUGUCCUGUCCGGCUACAGGCGGACCGGAGUUGAAGGAGCAGUGUACGUGAAUGGGCGCAUUCGGAACCUGAACAGCUUCAGGCGGAUGACCUGCUACAUCACGCAACAGGAUCAGCUACAGACGCUGCUGACGGUGCUGGAGAAUAUGCGGAUUGCGGCGGACCUGAAGCUGGGGCCGGAGACGUCCAAACACGAGAAGGAGUCCAUUAUCGAAGACAUUCUAACUGUACUUGGCCUCUACGAGCACCAGCACACCAUCACGAGUCGGUUAUCGGGUGGACAGAAAAAGCGCCUCUCGAUAGCACUCGAAUUGAUCAACAAUCCGACGAUCAUGUUCUUGGACGAACCCACCACUGGUCUCGAUAGCUACUCCUGCAACCAAGUGGUGGAUUUGCUCAAACAGCUCGCUAAGCAAGGCCGAACGAUUAUUUGCACCAUUCACCAGCCUUCGGCCAAACUGUUCCAAGAGUUUGACCAGGUGUACGUCCUCUCGAGUGGGGAGUGUAUGUACCAGGGCUGUACCACCAAUCUAGUACCUUUUCUGCAGACGGUGGACAUGCCCUGUCCGGUGUACCACAACCCAGCUGAUUAUGUGAUUGAGUUGGCUUGCGGGGAGCACGGAAUGGAUAAGAUUCAAACCAUGGUGACCGAGAUGGGAAACGGCGAAAGCACGGAUUGGUUCAGUGACAGAAGUAAGGUGCUUAAAUUGGAGCAGCUACGGAAAAAAUACCCCCUGAAAAAGGUGAUCGAGCAAAGUGAGGAUCUAACGGCGACCUCCCAGUUUCACCAGCUGGAAGUGUUGAUCAAGCGGGGUAUUAUCAAAGCGAAACGGGAUGCCACGUUGACUCAUUUACGGAUCGGAGUCAACAUAUGUAUCGCUGCCAUGCUUGGAUUUCUGUUCGUCGAUGCCGGAAACGAAGGCUCACGCGUGUUGGACAACUACAAUCUGCUGUUCUCAAUUCUGAUGCACCACAUGAUGGCGACGAUGAUGUUGACGGUAUUAACGUUCCCCACCGAGAUGGGAGUCAUUCUGAAGGAGCAUUUCAAUCGAUGGUACUCACUCAAAAGCUAUUAUCUGUCUGUGAAUUUGAUUGACCUACCUCUUUCGUUCUUCUGCUGUAUGUUGUUUACUUGUAUCAUUUACUUCAUGAGUGGUCAACCGAUGGAAUGGUUCCGAUUCGGAAUGUUCUUCACGAUCAGUUUCCUCAUCGUGCUCAUAGCGCAGAGCAUCGGACUUGCAAUUGGUGCCUGGUUCAAUGUAGUGAAUGGCACGUUCCUCGGCCCCGUGUUGUCUAUCCCGAUGAUGAUGUUCGCCGGCUUCGGAGUUACACUGCGCGAUCUGCCGAGCUACCUCAAAUGGGGAUCGCACAUCUCUUAUCUACGGUACGGCUUGGAGGGCUACGUCAACGCGAUCUACGGCGAAAACCGAGCGACCUUGGACUGCGAGCUGAAACCAUACUGCCACUACAGGUACCCGGCCAAGUUCCUCUCGGAGAUCUCGAUGGAGGGAGACCAGUUCUGGAAGGACGUCUACGCCCUGACGGGAACGCUGGUUCUGGUUCGAUUGCUGUGCUACUUUGCCCUCCGAUGGAAAGUGAUUGCCGUGCGAUAGAGAGAUAAGAUAGUUUCAUUCCAAUUCCCACCCCUCAAAAGACUUUCAACAUGUUGCUCUAGAUAAUUGUAAAUUUAUUGGAAAGCACGGUUAGGACGUGGAGGAAUGCGGAAAGUUUGUGCCAAAAAGAGAACAGAAUUGCCAAAAUUAGACACGAAAUGCACAAAAUGCGGUUCACUUGUAUUGUGUAUAUAGGUAACAAUAUCGAUUCCAGAUAGUGCUAGUGAUAUUUAUUUGCGUAAGAAGAUUUUACCGAUGAUUGUAUAUUUUUAUAGGUUCAUAGUGCAAUAUAUUUUGAAGAUGUAAUAUAUUCAAAUAAAAACUUAAAGAGCAAA